AUGGCUGGCAAAUACCCAAGACGAAGGUCGAACUCUUUAAAUGAAGAAACGGAUAGUCCUACACUACCGCCAAUUCCUGGUGACAAUGGCACAGAAACCCAUUCAACUUCUAUAUCAGAUUCUCCUCCUAAUAACUGUCCUACAUCAAGCGUGUCAACAACUACCACCUCUUCGCAUAGUAUACCUAACUCUUCGAUACCAGCAACUGAAUUACAAUCGACACCAACUAAUCCUAAUUUUAAUCAUAUUAAUAAUAUUAAUUCAUCCUACGCCGUUACAUCACCACCUUAUUUUACGGUCACAUCCCCCGUUACAUCACCUCCAAUAUCCUCGAAUUCUUUUCGACCUCCCUCGCCUGGCCAAUCCUUAGAUAGAAACCGCCAAUCACUAGUAUCCUCUAAUCAUCAGGGAAGACGAAAUGAUUCACACCUUCCUAUCACACCUCAUGUAGAUCCAGCACCCGCACCUGCUAUGUAUUGGUCAAAGAUAAAAACUUAUGGGAAAUCGCCCCGAGCACUAAGAGCGCACACUGUCAACUUAGUAGGAGAAUUAAUGUUUGUCUUUGGGGGUUGUGACGCAAAAACGUGUUACAACUCCGUUUUCAUAUUUGAUGCAGAUACAAUGUAUUGGAAUAAGGCUCGAACUAUAGGUGAGCCACCGUCAUCAUGCCGUGCACAUUCUUCUACACUGGUCGACAAAAAGUUGUUCAUCUUUGGGGGUGGGGAUGGGCCCACGUAUUUUAAUGACCUGUAUAUUUUUGAUACGGAUACACUAACAUGGUCUAAGCCCCAAACAACCGGUGAUAUUCCAUCACCACGCCGUGCGCAUACUUCAGCUUAUUAUAACAAUAACCUAUAUAUAUUUGGUGGUGGUGAUGGUGUACGCGCCCUUAACGAUGUUUACACGCUAGAUAUAACAGACUUAAAUAAUCUCUCGUGGAAGAAACUAGAAUCAAAAGGGACACCCCCAAUUUCCCGUGGAUAUCACACUAGUAAUCUUGUGGGAAGCAAGUUAGUUGUAUAUGGUGGAAGUGACGGCCACGAGUGUUUUGGUGACGUUUACAUGCUGGAUUUGGAUGAGAAUACGUGGAUCCCAGUCUCGGUUGAAACCUCUUGUCCUCGACUUUCUCACACAGCCACACAAGUUGGCUCUUAUUUAUUUGUGGUUUGUGGGCAUGACGGGACGCGGUACACCGCGGAGGUUCUGUUGUUGAACCUCGUAACGAUGGAAUGGGAAAGUCGCAGAGUUUAUGGGACACCACCAUCAGGUAGAGGAUAUCAUACAACUGUGUUGUAUGAUUCUCGCCUAUUUGUCUUUGGUGGUUAUGAUGGCCACUCGGUCUUUGACGAUAUAUUCGUCUUAGACUUAUCUGCGUGCGCAUAUUUGCCGCAGAUAACGAACUUCCAACUUCCGGACUAUAAAAAACAAAAAGUGUAA